CGGAUAUACAUACCUACAUUCCGCGCAUUUGACGCUCCCGCGCAAUUUCCACGCGCCAAACACACCUCAAAUCUCUUUUCUCCCCACGAUCUCCCGUGCAGAAAGCACACCACCCCCCAAAAUGCCGCCCCCAAAAGACCUCGAAAAGCUCAUCUCCCUAACGCAAACCACGCAAACGCUACUCACCCACUUCCAAACCUCGCUGACCGCGCCACCCGCCUCCUCCGCCUCGCCAACAACAACAACUAUAACCUCCAUCCCCCCAGCCGACCUCCCAACCGGCACCCUCCCCGCCCUGCGCGCCGCAACCACCCUCCUCAAAUCCCACACCACCACGCUCUCCCUGCUCCUCCUGACCCCACCGCUCACGCCCAGCGCCCUGAUCGCGAAAAUCACAGACGUCACGUCCGGCCCGCUCUCGGGCAUGGUGGCCGCGGCGUCCCACGUGCCCGCGGCAGGUGCGCGCGACGAGCUGGGCGCCGUGCUGCGCGCCGAGGUGCGCGCGCAGGUCAAGCGGCUGGUGGGCGCGUGGGGCGAGGUGCUGGGCGUGGUGGGCGAGCGGAAGGGCGUGUUGGAGCGGACGGGGGUGGUGUGGGAUGUGUGCGAUGAGGUGCUGAGGUUGUGCGACGGCGGGGUGGUGGAGUUGGUGCUUGGGAAGGCGAGGCAGUUGCGGGCGGUGUUGUUGGAUGCGGUGGAGGAGCUGAAGGAGUGGGGGGAGGAUGUUGCGGAUGAGGAUGAGGAGGAGGAUAAGGCUGAGGGGAGUGGGGACGAGGGUGAUGGGUUUGGAGACGAGGAUGAUUUCUUUGGCGCGGAGAAUAAGAUUGGCAAGGACGAUGUCGAGUUGAAGGCGCUGCUGGAUCGGAGUGUUAAGAAGCUUAAGAUGGUGGGGAUUAUGUACCAGGCUGUGGGCAAGAGGAGGCUGAAUACUUUCCCUGUGGCGGUGCACAGCGCGAUGCCGGCAUCGACAGCCGCGGCGAGUGGCAAGGCUACGAGCGCGAACAGCAAGGCCACGAGCGGCAACAGCAAGCCCACGAGCCCGCCCACCAACCCCAAAAACCCACCCCCCAACACCCCUCCAACCCCGACCGCCACCACCUUACAACCCCCCACCGACCGCCUAGACACCCUCAUGCGCCUCCUGACCACCAUCCCCUCGAGCGCCGACGACCUCGCGAGCGCGUUCUACGAGCUCUCGGAGGAAGACGCGGCCGCCGCGCUGGCGAAAGUGUGCGACGAGGCGAAGAGCGCGGUGACGCUUGUGCGGACGAGUUGGGACGGGGGCGAGGACGAGUUUACGGUGUGGGCGGGGAAGUGGGUUGGGGCGCUGGAUGCGGCGUGA